AUGUUGAACAUGGAUCAUCGCCCCGACAGCUCGGAUCGGGAAGAGAAGGACUUGAAGAUAUCUCCCGAGCCUGUUGUUACAGAGCCGAAUGUGUUCAAGCGUACGGGUGGCAAGACCUUCGAGACCGACUCUCUGGAGUCGUUCUACAAGCCAAUAGAGUCGUAUGAGGGCUAUCACCGCUAUGAUCCUGAUUUCCAAUGGGAAGAGAAGGAAGAGAAGAGGGUCGUACGAAGGGUAGGUCGGCCAGUUUGAUUCUCUUUGGCCGUCUGGUGUUGACUGAGAGCUCCAGAUCGACUAUCGGAUAUGCUCGUGGGUGUGCUUCAUGUUCUUUGCGCUCCAGCUAGACAGAGGCAAUAUCCAACAGGCGCUUUCCGACAACAUGCUGGACGACCUCGGACUAUCGACGAAUGAGUACAACACUGGGCAGACAAUCUUCUAUCUUACCUUUCUCUUCGCCGAGAUGCCAUCGCAGCUGAUCUCCAAGAAGUUGGGCCCGGACAACUGGAUUCCAAUACAGAUGGUGAGCUGGUCAUUAGUCGCCAGCAUGCAGGCCUUCCUCUCUGGGAGAAGCUCAUUUUGGGCAUGUCGCGCUCUGCUAGGAAUGAUCGAGGGCGGCUUCAUCCCGGAUAAUAUCCUGUACCUCUCGUACUUUUACACCGGCCUGGAACUACCAACACGGCUCUCGUUCUUCUGGGUCUCCUUCAAAGCAACGAGCAUUGUGUCGGCUUUCAUGGCAUAUGGUAUCCUACACAUGCGUGGCAUCAAUGGCCUCGCAGGAUGGCGGUAAGUGAAUGGUCCAGUGGAUGCGUAAUUGCUGGUCGCUAAUACAGGACAGAUGGCUCUUUGCGCUUGAAGGAAUCUUGACCGGACUGAUUGGUAUCGCGUCGUACUUCUAUCUCCCUCCAUCUCCAACGCAGACCGCGAGUCGACUUCGCGGAAAGAAUGGCUGGUUUACCGAGCGCGAAGAGAAGAUUAUGGUCAAUCGAGUUCUGCGUGACGAUCCUAGCAAAGGCGACAUGCACAACCGACAAGCCCUCUCCGCCAGUAUGUUCUGGGAAUGCCUGAAAGACUACCACAUGUGGCCGCUCUACCUCAUCGGCUUGUCGUGGGGGCUCCCGUCCGUGCCCAUGGACAAUUACUUGACGCUGCAGCUGAAGUCGCUUGGAUUCGGAACUUUCGAGACCAAUCUGCUUUCGAUCCCGGCGUACGUCCUGUUUAUCAUCAACCUGCUCUUGUUCACGUGGCUGUCGGAGAAACUCAACGAGCGAUUCCUCCUGGCGACGAUAAGUCAAUGGUGGUGUUUGCCGGUCUUGAUAGCCUUGAUCGUGCUGCCACCCGAUCGAAGUGGCUGGGCAGGCUGGGCCUGUGCGAUCUUGCUCGUUGCACAGCCGUACAUCCACGCUGUGCUUGUCGCAAUCACGUCAAGGAAUGCUGGAUCGGUUCGCACCCGGACAGUCGCUUCAGCAUUCUACAACAUGUCAGUCCAAGCUGCCAGUAUUAUAGGGACAAACGUAAGUAGUCAGAGCCGGGCCAGUGCUGUACACUGCUGAUCUCCUCUUAGAUAUACCGAACGGACGACAAACCGAAUUACUACCGAGGUAAUAAGGUGUUGAUAUCGAUUGUAUGCUACAACAUUGUUCUUUUCGUGGGUGUGAAGGUAUUCUAUGUCAGGACAAACCAGUUAGUGAACCCUCAUCUCGCCACUGACCUUUAUGCUGACAUUUCGUUAGACGAAGAGAGCGGAUCUGGAACAGCAUGUCGAAAGAAGAGAGGGAACAGUAUCUCGCCACAACAACCGACAAGGGCAACAAGCGCCUGGAUUUCCGUUUUGCUCAUUGA